GAAUAGAUAGAAAAAGGAAGCGUGAUCUCCAAACUCCUCCAAGGAUCGAUGAUUUACCCAAGUCACAACCAAAAAUAAAUAUAGUACCAAAAACACCUCCAAAAAUAUCACCACCAAGAGUUAAUAAACCGUCAAAUAUAGAGAAAAAUAAGAUUAUAGAUAUAAAGGAAAAAGACCAUGUUAGAGAAAAAGAUAAGGCAACUGAGAAAAAGAUACCAGAGAAUGAACCAUUGAACGAUAGACAAAAGAAAUCAGGAGGAGUUCUAAAACAGACACAAGAUACCAACCAAACAUCAGCUUCUCCGAUAGAAAUAAAUGAAGAAGAGAAUAGACAAAAGACCACGAGUACGCCAGCAAUUAAUCCUCUAUUUGCUUUAGGGUUAGCAGAUACUAAAAAUACUAAUACAACAGUAAUAAAAGAUAAUGUCAACGAGAUCACUAUUGAAGAAGACAAAGAGAAUAAUGAUAAUGUCGAUACUAAUAAAUUUUCUUUGUGGAGGGGAGGUGUUCGUCUAAAUGGUAACCUGACACUUUUGAAAAGUAUGAUCAAUUCUAUUACGUUUGAGUACAACGUUGAUUUUGGAAGAUUCUUUCUAAAAAUUAAUCAUUCAAAUAUUGAUUAUAUAUCAUUAUCAACACAAUUGUGCUAUGUUAUUGGAUUUGAAAAUCCCCAAAUAAUUAAAAAUAAAGACGUUGCAAAGUAUGGAAGUGACCUAAGAGGAGGUUUUUCGAGCUUCGGCGUGUAUGUAAAAGGACUCACUGAAAAGAUGAUUAUUGGUGAUUCACUCAGUUCGUUGCUGCGAGUGGUUUCCAUUUCUGGUGCUACCCCUGGAGAGUAUAAUGAAAAAAUUUAUGAUACACCAAUUUACUCAAGAGUUCUUCCUAAGGAAAUUAAUGAUAUAGAAGUUGAACUUAGAACAUUAGACAAUGGACGUUUAGUACCGUUUUCCUAUGGAACAGUACUCAUAGUGUUAAUUUUUAAAAAAGUAAUAAAUUUUUAA